AUGUCGACCACCGCUGUCACCAGCAGGCUCUACCCCCACCAAGCUACCUUAGUUAUUGUCCCAGAGGAGGUGCAGCCGAUAUCCACGAAUCGCCUUUAUCUCCGGCCGAUGACAGUGACCGAUGCAGCAGCUAUUCAUGAGAUUCGACGCCGACAGGACGUGGCGGACUGGCUCUACCCCAAAAUCACCCACAAAAAUAUCUCGGAGACAGAAGCUAUGAUUUCCAAGAAAAACUUUGCGACACCAGAUGCGUCAGGUGCUCUUAGACGCAGUUUUUUCUUUGCUAUUACUCUCUCUGAUGAUCCAUUACAGAAAGUUAUAGGAGGGGCAGGAAUCAAUGCUCUUUUCCCGGCACCGUCAGUCGGAUAUAGUAUCCACCCGGACUUUUGGAGCAACGGCUAUGCCACUGAGGCAGUUGCUGGGGUUAUAGACGCAUGGUGGAGUCUAGAAAGAAAGACAUUUGACGAGGACAUGGCAGAAUUAUCACCAGAAAAGCUAUUUGCGGCGUGUAAUAAAGCCAAUAUUGGUAGCAUGAAGGUGUUGCAAAAAACAGGCUUUGCUCUUUACCAUGAGUUUACCGUUGGGGAUGAAACCGUUGCGCUUCUUGAAUUGGAGAGAUGUGCUAGAUAG